AUGGCGCGAUUAAGGCUUCUGCGAGCUUCGAAACAGGCAGCAGUAUUCGCUCUGGGAGCAACUGCUGCAACUCAAGUCCGUUCAUUUCCGUCACCAUUCCGCACAGUUUAUGCAGAAGCUCCCUCAAAAGAUGAGCUCCCUGACAAGAAACCCAUGUACUCCGACAAUCCAGUCGCACCAACCACUCCGGAGCCCUCCCCUACUUCGCCGGUCUCCAAGCCAAACCCACACUCACCUACACCCACCGACCGACUCACAGAGCAGGUGAAGAAAGCGCGCUUGUUUUUGUAUGACCGAUCUCUCUCCGCCGAAACAUCCUUCAACAAAUUCCUAUCAUGGGCAUUCCGCAAGGAAACAGACUUCAGCAACACGAUUGCUUCCUUGGCCCCAGCUCCCGAGACCGGAGAACAACUCCUGCCCGGAGCUAUCUACGUGUUAGUGGCGACACUUACAGGCUCUAUAGUAGCUCGAAACCGCGGAAUGUUCUUGCGAACAACUUUCCCGCUUGCGGUGGGCAUUGCGGCGGGUUGGUAUCUCAUUCCGGUGACGAUGCGGAAUACCUCGGACCUGAUCUGGGAGUACGAGAAAAAGGUGCCCGUGGUCCGUGAAACUCAUUCCCAAAUCAGUGGAUUUGUAAAAGAAGCAUGGAAGCAGACGAGGCAGCACACGAAAUUUGCGACGGACUGGGCGGAUGAGAAGGCGGCUGAGGCGAGGAAAACCGUCGAGGAUUUGGUUUCGAAGGGUAAAUAG